CGGGUGUGACCCUGGCAUCCCCUGCUGGUCCCGUGCUGCCCCCGGGAGAAGCGCAGGGCCGCUCCAGUGAUGAUCUCACUGAGCGGCCCAUUAGCAGAAUCUGCAGGUGUGUGUGCCUGUGAGCACGUGUAUUUCCCCAGGAGAACAGAACCUGGUUUGACUUGCGCUGAUUUGGGCCUGCAUUCCAGGAUGGUUUGUUCUCGGGACCAGACCUGACCAGAAGUUGACCUCAUGAGUGCAUCAGCCCCUCCCGCUGCCAUGCUCCUCCGGAGGCUGAGACGGCUCUCCUGGGGCAGCACCGCUGUCCAGCUCUUGAUCUUAACGGUGGUGACGUUCGGCUUGCUGGCCCCCCUAGCCUGUCACCGCCUCCUGCACUCUUACUUCUAUCUACGCCAAUGGCACCUGAACCAAAUGAGUCAGGAGUUCCUGCAGCAAAGUUUGAAAGAAGGCGAAGCUGCCCUCCACUACUUUGAGGAGCUGCCGUCUGCCAAUGGCUCGGUGCCCAUCGUCUGGCAGGCCACCCCCCGCCCCUGGCUGGUCAUCACCAUCAUCACUGUUGACAGGCAGCCUGGCUUCCACUAUGUCUUGCAGGUGGUGUCCCAGUUUCACCGGCUUCUGCAGCAAUGCGGCCCCCAGUGUGAGGGCCACCAGCUCUUCCUGUGCAACGUGGAACGUAGCGUGAGCCAUUUCGACGCCAAGCUGCUGUCUAAGUAUGUCCCCGUGGCCAACCGCUAUGAGGGCACUGAGGAUGAUUAUGGUGAUGACCCUUCGACCAACUCGUUUGAGAAGGAGAAGCAGGACUAUGUCUACUGCCUGGAGUCCUCCCUGCAGACCUACAACCCAGACUACGUCCUGAUGGUGGAAGACGACGCCGUUCCGGAGGAGCAGAUCUUCCCGGUCUUGGAGCACCUUCUGCGGGCUCGCUUCUCGGAGCCGCACCUCCGAGAUGCGCUUUAUCUGAAGCUCUACCAUCCCGAGAGGCUGCAGCACUACGUCAACCCGGAGCCCAUGCGGAUCCUGGAGUGGGUCGGUGUGGGCAUGUUGCUGGGGCCCUUGCUGACCUGGAUAUACAUGCGGUUUGCCAGCCGCCCCGGGUUCAGCUGGCCCGUCAUGCUCUUCUUCUCCCUGUAUAGCAUGGGUCUGGUGGAACUGGUGGGCCGGCACUAUUUCCUGGAACUGCGGCGGCUAAGUCCUUCCCUGUACAGCGUGGUCCCUGCCUCCCAGUGUUGCACCCCAGCCAUGCUCUUCCCGGCCCCUGCGGCCCGCCGGACCCUCACCUACCUGUCCCAGGUGUAUUGCCACAAGGGCUUCGGCAAGGACAUGGCGCUCUACUCCCUGUUGAGGGCCAAGGGGGAGCGGGCCUACGUGGUGGAGCCCAACCUCGUGAAGCACAUUGGGCUCUUCUCCAGCCUUCGGUACAACUUUCAUCCCAGUCUGCUCUAGCGUGCCAGGAAAUGCCUUUCUGAACGUGGCCGCUUCUCGAUGAUUCCAAUAUCGAGUUCUUUAUUUGGACGUGGUUGCUUGCAAUUAUUAUGUUGUUUCAUGUUGUUAGGGAUCUAGGCACUGAGAUGGCCGAGAACACGUCUGUCAAGAAACUUGGCUUUGGUAGCUCUGGCAGGAGCGGUUGUCCGCCCCACGGCAGGAGCCCUCUCCCUCCACAGAGCCACGCUGCCUCCCCCAGGGGGCACUUCAGUACCAGAUGUAUUCUGCAGUCGUCCUCAGCUCUGCUUUGUGAAAGCGCUCGUAACUGCCAAAAAUAUUGUGCACAAAGAUAUGACCGUUUUAGGAUUUUAAGGGUAGAAUUUGGUGAAAGGCAAGAUACUUUCUAAUUGGUUUCUCUCUCACUGGGCAUGAGAACAGAUUUAUGUCUAGAAUAUAAGUCUGAAGAGGCAGGACCAUAUUGACAGGUUCUGUUUGUUUCUUUGACCUGGUGUAGUAAAGCCAGUUGGUAAAGGCCGUCGCGGUGCCUGGCAACUUGGAGGCAGGCGAUCUUACUUCCCUUAUGUGGUGUUUCUUUUCCAUUCAUCUGUAGUGUGCUGAUGGUCGGUAUUGUUAGUGAGAACUUUGAGGCACAGCAAGGUCUGCAAGCGCCUUCUGGGUCAUCAAGGUCAGAUUGCUUAUGUUCAGUAGUGAUUUAUCGAAUAUUUCCAUCAUAUUCUGAUUCUUUGAAAAUUGGACGUUGCAGAAUGAUGUAAAAUGGGUGAGCUCUUUACUAACAGCAUAGCCUUUUUCUGAAUUUUGCUGGCUGACUGUUCACCCUCAUUUGUUUUCCCUCCUUCUGGGUAUCAUGAUGUUAGAGAAGGCAAACGCAUAGACUGUGAUGUGGGAAAGGCCUGAAUUCUUAUUUCAGAUCUCUGCCAUGUCCCAGUGAUGUGCCCUUGGGCAAGUCAUGACCACUCUGAGUCUCAGUUUCUUCACCUAUAAAACAGGGAUGGUGAUACCUACCUUUGAAGGUUGCCUUGAAGAUUAAGAGACAGAAUGUUUGUAAAACACUCAGCAAGUGCUUAGCCCAGGGAAGGCACUUGGUAAAUACCAGUUCUUUUUCUUUUCUGUGAUAAGCUUAUAACACUCAAGUGUAUUUUGGAUGGAGAUAUUAAUGGUGUAGUUUCAAGUGUGCCACAGGGUGUAGGGCUCCCACCCGGGGAGCAGCCAUUCUGGACCAAACUGCUAGAAUGAAGGCUGACUUGUCACUGUAAUUCGUGAAGGAGAUGUAGCUCGGCCGUCACGUGGCGCCAUCCCCAACCAAGCCAAAAAUAAUGGUUUGUUCCAACUGGAAAUGAUCUGAAACUCCUCUUGAACUUAUUCCAAGACGAGGUCUGAAAACUACUCUCCUCCAAAGUGACACUUAAAUGUCCUUUGCCGAUAGUGAUCAAACGAGAGGCCAACAAGUCCCUUCGUGAAGCUGGAUGUCUACAUGGGAGUUGAAGCGUUGACGGGUUGUUUCAGCGCCAUGUUUGUUGGCUUUUUUUAAAUUUCCAGUGAGCUUCCAUCCGGAGAUCCCCUUGAAAGCACUGAGAGAGUAGCUCAUGGUGCCUGGAGUUCCACGCCAUGCUUUGCAGGUGGACAAACUGAGAUCAAGGGAGGUGAAACAGCCUUCCCAGGUUCGCCCGGCUGGACAGCGGCAGAGCUGGGGUAGGCACUUGGCUCCCAUGACUUCCAGCUCCUGCCCUUUUCCCUUAACCACAUUCACUUUCUAAGUAUCUGUGUAGUCCAUGUCUCUUUUGUAGAAUCUGAUUGUCACCUGGACGGAACAAUGUCUCUGUAAGCUGCCAUGGUACAAACAGGUCUUGGGGAACAAACAGGUCUAUGUGUGUGUUGUUACCGUGAGAUGUCAUGUGUCACUCAGGAAUGUCCAAAGUGAACGGAGCUGCUGGCUGACGUGGCAGGAUGUUCAGAUGCCGCUGCUCCACUCAACCUCUCCCGGUCACUGGCUCAUCCCGUGUUCGGGAACAGAACCACCCCUGGCCUAUACCUCAUUAGAGCCUGUUGCAGUAACAAUCAGAUCUCCUCGGGAAUGUUUUUUGCCCAGCAGCAGGAGAGUCACAUCCAAGCUAGCCAGGCAGAAGAUGGGGGAUCAUUGCUAGUUAUAUCUGUGCUUUUUUGGAUUCAGUGGUCUACUGCAUGCACAUAUCUCUUCCUUGACUUUUUCACCCAGGAUGGCAAAAGCUAUCCUGGUCUUGUCUAAUUUCUCCCCCUUUCCAUGAAGACGCUUUCCCCCAGAGAUCUUAACUAGAGUCUGCUGUCUUUGGACAUAUGCAGGAGAUGCAGGCUCAGUUCUGCUAUUUCAUCCCUAUCCUCUUGCAGAUCUCCCUCCCUCUUGUCCCUCGUUCCUAGAGUCCAGUUUUUGUAUGCUGUCUUCGAUCAGGACAGCUGACAGCUUUACACCAAAGCUGAAGUCUCAUUUAAUCCUAAGCAAGGGGGCUGGAGGAGAACUAAAGUCCCCUUUUCAUUACAAAGGACACUGGUCACCAGAAAGGUGAAGGUCUCUAACAGACCCUGCACACCCUUCAGGGUUUAAAUAAUUGUCAGGCCUAAGAAGUUUCUUAUUGUGACUGGGUAUAUUUGCAGAGACAUAUCAGUUCAAAUAAAAGCACCUGUUCCACUGAGGCAUCCUGAGAAGACUUUUGUCAUUCUCACUUAUUUCAAUGGAUGGACUUUUUUUUUUUAAUUUUUUUUUAAAGAUUUUAUUUAUUUAUUUGACAGAGAGAGAUCCCAAGCAGGCAGAGGCAGGCAGAGAGACGGGGGGGGGGGUGGGAAUCAGGCUCCCUGCUGAGCAGAGAGCCCAAUGUGGGGCUCGAUCCCAGGACCCUGGGAUCAUGACCUGAGCCAAAGGCAGAGGCUUUAACCCACUGAGCCACCCAGGCGCCCCUGGAUGGAUUUUUCUAGUGUGAAUGGUAUCAAAACUACAAACACACACACACCCCAUUUUGGAGUCCCAAGGUAACCAUUCACAGUUAUGGGCUGUUUGUUUAAAAAUUCAUAACUGAUUUUUUUGUAUUUUAAAAAAUAUUUUAUUUAUUUAUUUGAGAGGAAGACAGAGAACAAGAGCACAACAGGGGGAGGGGCAGAGGGAUAAGCAGUCUCCCUGUCAAGAAGGUAACCCAAUGUGGGGCUCAGUCCCAGGACACUGGGAUCAUGACCUGAGCUAAAAGCAGAUGCUUAACCAACUGAGCCGCCCAGACGCCCCAUGAUUUUGUUGUAUUAAGUGGAAACAUUUGAAUUGUGCAUUCUUUUUUAUUGUUGUUUAAAGAAAAAAGGGAGAGAAUACAAUUGUGUAGCUGGAGAAUAUAAAUCAGAUUAAUAUGAUGAGAGGCUUAAUCUAAUUUAUCUUGGAUACACUCCUUAUUUGGUAGGACUUAUUUAAUUGGUAACUUAGUUCGGGUAGAGAGUCAUUCUAAUUGGAAUUGAUUACUGUGGGAUUUUUAUAUGCGCUAUGUUACAUUGUGAGUUACAGUAAUACAUGAUAUGAAGUUGGCUAAUUUUAAGUCACAUGAACCACUUGAAUGUUUUUAUCCCAACUAUAAUGAAUUUACUGAGAAAUGUUCAUUAACUGGCACUGGUUUUUGGUUUUGUUUUUAGGUUGGAUUUUAUUUGGAAAACCUUUGGGGGCUAUGUCAAAGAUGAUUGAAAAUGUAAUUAAAAAGUACUUAAUAUAUAUAUUAGAACUGCAGUGGAAAUGUGCUAGUGGCUUCCAGCUCACUCCAGGACUUGGGUUUUGUGAGUCAUCACUCUUAAGAGUGGGGAUUUUUGGCUUAGAUCUUAACAGAUUUUCUUGAUCUUUCCCCUAACAUCCUACACACAAAUGUGGAUGAAUGAACUGAUUCAAAAGAGGCAUCUCUUUUAAUAAUUCGGUGUAAAAACAGAUGGAAAUCCAAAGCCAAAUGAUAACUUUAUCCAAAAGAAGCAAGGAACAGAUGGCCUAAGUAUGUAGGAAUGGGGUAGCUUUAGGAUGUCCAAGAGAUGGGAGAGGAAGACAAAGAUGUAGAGUGACGCAGAGGAUCUCUCAUUUGUCCCCUGUUCUCUGUGUCCCAGACUCCGUAUGUAAUAAAUUCUUUUUUUAAAAAAAAAAAAAAAAAGAUUUUAUUUUUAAGUACUCUCUACACCCAACAUGGGGCUCAAACUCAAAACCCCGAGAUCAAGAGUCACAUGCUCCACUGUUGGAGCCAGCCAGCGGCCCCUGUAAUUAAUUCUUCCUGUGUGUCCCACUGUCACGGAAUCUUUAUAGGACCAGCCUAUGGAGAAUGCAUAAGAACUAAAUAAUGAAUAGUCACUGUUCUAGAGAAUUCAUUACUUUGCUAGGACCUGCCUUCCUACUGCAUUUAGAAUAAAUUUCAGACCCCCUACAUUACCUCCCAGGCCAGAUGGAAUCUUGCCCCUGUAAACUGUCUGACUUCAUGUCUUAUUACUACUCCUCUGUGUGUCGUCCAGGCUCUAACCAUGCCAGCUUAGACUUGCUGCACUGACUCCUACUGCAAGGCCCUUGCAUGGCCAUCCUCUCUAUAUGGAACACUUUUCCUUUGGCUGAAUCUUUCCUAGAAUUCAGCUCUCAAUUUUAAUCCUUCCCAAGAGACUUUCCAUCCUCUCUAAAGCAGUCUUCCCCCUUCCCAACCCCCAGACCCAUCUAUCACUUACCCAGUUUGAUUCUCUUCAAAGCUCUUGUCGUGACCUGAAAUUCCCUUAUUAUUUUGGGAUAUUUCCCCCUCCUUCCCCCUCCCACAGGAUACGAACUUCCCAAUAUCUAGAAUCUUCUUUUUCAUUUAUUGCUGUACACCCAGAUCCUGGUACAAUACCAGACGCAUAGUAGGAAAUGGAUGAAUGAAGAAGGAAGGAAGGGAAGAAAAAGAAGGGUUGAAAGGGUAGAGGCAUCCACAGUGGAACUGCCUGUGGAAAAGAGGAAUACUAGUAGCAGAGAAAAGGGGCUAGGGAAGGAAAUUUAGGGGAGAGAGAGUACAGUCCAGAUAGUGAGGGAUGGUUAUGAUGUACAAUUCUGAACCCAGUGAAAAGAAGCUUUUUACGUGCAUUCCGGGCAGAGGGAACGACGAGCAUGAAAAGGAACUUUUUUACAUCACCGCACGGUUGAUUUUGGGGGUUGUUAUGGUUUUAUUUCUAGUGUGUGCAUUGGGGGUUCUGUGCAGGGAGGUCCUGCGUGUUACCAUCAGGGGAAGGCUGGGAAUUUUCCUUUCAGGCCGCAACUGCCACAUCUUCAGGAAUCGAGACAGGAACACCACGUGUGGUGGGUCCACGGCCUCUUCUAGGACAUUUAGGCCAGGAGGCUGGAAAGAAAGUGACAGAACAAUCUCCACACUGUAUGGGUGAACUCAGGUUAGAGGGGUCAGUGGCUCUGGGUGGUAGGAGUGGCCCUUGGCAAAAUGUUAUAUGAUUUAACACAAACCAAGAACAGAGACGUAAACCUUCCCAGAGUUGAAAUGUAAGGAACAGGCCGCUCCUAGAGGAUCAUUUUUUUGGUACGUGACUUUUGGGUUAUUUUAUGUUGUGUUUGCAUGGCUUUGUUUAAAUGGGAAUUCUCCACAAAAAACGAGUUCUCUGCAAAACUAAUAAGCUGGCAACAUUUUAAACAAAGAAUGGUUUUAUUCAGUUUGGUUUUAUUCAGAAAAUGAUAUAAGUUCUGGCAUUGUUGUGACCCCAAGACCUAGUUGCUUAUACAGUUAUCAGCUUAUACUUUAUUUUUUUUUAAGAUUUUAUUUAUUUACUUGACAGAGAGUGAGAGCACAAGCAGAGCGAACAGCAGAGGGAGAAGCAGACUCCCUGCUGAGCAGAGAGCCCGACAUGGGGUUUGAUCAUAGCCUGAGCCAAAGGGAGACCCUUAACCAACUGAGCCACCCAGGUCCCCCUAGAGGCCCAUAGUUUAGAAAUCCCAAGUCAACUAGUCUGUAUGAAUUUCUUUCUGGCACCAUAUUUGGGCAAUUUCUCUUAUCCUUCUCAACCAUACUUUGCUAGCCCUAAUACCUCCACAAUCCAUAGCCAGCUAGGGUUUACCAGACAAAGGUUGGCUUCUAUCUAACUCCUCCUGCAAGGGAGUUUAUGAUAAAGGAGGCAGGGUUCCAGGAAUCUACCCGUGGGGUGCUCUCCUUUUGAAAAAGAGGGAAAAAACAACUAAAUUUUGAAAGCUAUUAAAAAUAAAAAAAGAAUGGUGUGUGUCUAUCACAUUCACAAACAUAGUUCAUAUAUUAUUCUGCAAGGAAUUACGUCAAGCAAAGUAAUCAUGUAAAUCUUAAAUAUAGCGUUUUAUCUCCAUCUUAAUAAAUGCCUAAAUCACAUAAGCAAUA